AGUUAUAUAAACUACUAUUUUUUGGGAUUAUGGUUUUGCAGAUAGAAUGAAACAACCAAAACAAAGCUCCCGUUCGUUAAGUGGCAACGAGCCCAGACCCCCAAGCAGUCAGGAUGGCACAACGCGGUCUGGCGAUGCUCGGAAACUACUAACAGUGCUAAGGGCUGCUAGGACACAGCAGGACCUCGCCGGUCAGACCGGUCGUGGAAGGGGCAUAUGGUUAAGCGGCGAACUAUGGCAAUCUGUUACGAAGCAACUAGAGACACAGGUAUCGGAGACAGAGGCCCUUCAGAAGCAGCUCAGGGCAAAGGAACAGGAGGCCGACCAGUUACGGCGGCAGGUCCAGGCGGAGCGCGACAAGCAGGACCAGGCCAUUGCGGGGUAUCGGGCGCAGGCUGCCGAGUUGCGGGCCCAAGCGGAGGAGCCGUUAGCUGAGCUGAAGGCCCUGCAGGCGCAGAUGCGUGCCAAAGAGGAGGCAUGGGCGCAGCAUAAGCAAGACCUGGAAGCGCAGGCUGACCGGCUGCUCAAGAUGGUGCGUGGGCGUCAGGACCUUGUGACGGACAACCAGGGGCUGCAACAGCUGCUGGAGACCGCGCAGGCAGCACAGGCGGCGGCGGAGCGGCGCGCCGCGGAGGCGGAGGCGCUGGUGACGGAGUUGCGGCUCAUGCACGAGUACACGGCGGGCAAGGCCGAGUCGGGUGCGACGGAGCGCGACGUGCAGGCGCUGCGCAUCCGCGACCUCACUGCCGCGCUGACGGAGGUACGGCACCAGGCGGACACCUACCGGCGGCAGCUGGCCGCGCGCAGCUCGCCCGUGGAGGACCUCACGCAGGACCUGCAGCGGCUCAAGGCUGACAACCGGCGGCUGGUGGCGCUGCUGGCUGCGGUGCCCGAGUACCGCUCCAUGGCCGCGGAGAUGGCGGCGCAGGGCGGAUUGCACUACCUGCCGCUGGAGGAGUGCCUCAUGGCGCGGGGCCUGGUGGAGGAUCUACACCCGCAGCUGCUGGACAGGCCGGUAGAGGAAAUGAGUGGCAGCGGCGGUGCUGGUCGCAGCCGCGGCGACCCAGAUGGCUCUGACCCCUCCCUGGCUGUCGUACUGGACGAGCAAUACCAUUGGGUGCCGCGUAAGGCCCUGGAGGCGGGGCGCGCGCUGCUGCGGCGCGCGAUGCCUGCGCUGCCCGCGGCGCAGCUGCUGGCGCUGGUGGCAGAGCUGAAUAAGGUGUGGCGCGACCGGGAGCGGCAGCGGCUGGCGGAGGUGGCGGCGGCGCACCGCGAGGAGCUGCGGCGGCUGCAGCAGACCUUCCAGCAGCGGGCGCCGUACGAGGCGGUUGUGGCGGGGCAGAAGAUCAACGACCUGAAGCGCCGCAUGCGUGCACAGGCGGCGCUGGCAGCGGCCGCGGCGGCGGCGGCCAAGGGGGAACAGCGGCGGGUGGAGGAUGACAGCAAGGUGUUGCUCCAUGCCGGCCUGAGCUCCAUUCAGGAGCUGAGUCACCAGGUAGCAAGCCUGCUGGCCAACAAGAAGAGGCCCUCCAGCAAGGCUGCCAAGCCGCGAGCGGCAAAGAAGAAGGAGCGGGAGCCCUUGGAAUUGAGCCCUCCCUCCCUGCCUGGGGGCAGCGGUGACUCAGCAAACAGCAGCUCCGCGGCCUCUGACGCCAGCCGCCAGCAGCCCCAGCUCGUCUCCCGACCCAACUCUACCGAACAGGACCAUGCUGCGAAGAGGGAGCCCGCCGGCCCCAAGUACCUCACCAGCUCUCUCAGCCCCGAGAAACACCCGCACCCGCACCCGCUACCGGUGCGGCACCAGCAGCAGCAGCAGCAGCAGCACCCACACCAGCAGCAGCAGCAGGCUGCUGCGCAUGGAGCGGCAGCAGCAAUGCCCGCAUCGCACCCGCCUGGGUCGUCUCCGGCAGGCAGUGUCGUCAGCUACUCCACCCACUUCACGGAUGGCACCUCGUACCGACAUGAAGACAGGAAGGAUCAUCUCAAUUGGCUCGGAGACUGGUGCGAGAAUGGUGGCGCAGCGGCGGAGGAAGCAAACACGGCGAAAACAGGCCAGCCGUCCACACAGACCCAUGGGUCGGCGCCCGCAUCGGCGACCGCACUGUACGGCGGACAUGGACCGCUUGUGCGCGUGAAUGUGGUUCAGUCGCCUGCGGCAUCCUCACCCACUGCAACCCUGUCUGUAUGGAGACACCAUAGCGCACCAACUGGUGCCGCUGCUGCUGCUGCUGCGACCCCUGCGACCACAGCCCCCGUGGCAACCGGCACACCCACGCGACACACGGUCACGGCAACUGCGGGCGGCAUACAUGACUCGGUGCGCAUCACCGGCAGCGCCCCGCGACUGCAGCUGGAGUCCUCCCCGGCGGGCCUUACACUGGUGGCGGCUCCUGCUCUCGCCAGCUCCGAUGAGCCCCUGGACGUUCCUAAUGGCGGCGGCGCCGGUGGUGGUGGCAGCAGCGGCGGCGGUUUCGGCGCUGCGGAGGUUAGUACGGCAAGCCUAGCUGACUGGCGCUGCACUUCUGGGACCAGGCCGGGGGCGCAUGGCGAGGCAAGCGGUGGCGCCGUACCGCUGUCGCUGCACAUGCAAGUGGGGGCCAGCCAGGGGCCGAGUCGUGCGGUGCUGCCGACGUGCGGUGCGGCAGCUGGUGAGGGGGCGGGUGGUGUUGGUGGUGGCGGCGUUUCGGUGGGCGUAUGCGCUGCAACUGGCGGGGCCCUGCACCAGCAGCUGCAGGUGCAGUUGCAGCAGCAGCGGGGGACGCCCGUGCGUGUGUCGGUGCGCUUCCCACGUCAGGACAUGACGGGUAGGCUGCAGUAAGCCAUGAAACAUGCAUUCUUGGCGUGCGUGUACGACACAGGAGAAUGCCAAGCAUGUACUGUGCGUAAUAUUUUGUGAGUAUUGAAGGUGUGCUGUAUGGUUCACGGGGACUCCACGAGGGCCCCUCCUAAGCCUUCGCUCAUCCGGUGGAGGCUGUGAUGAUUUUAUUCUACUGUACUUGCACCGGGAUAUACCUUGGGUUGCUUAUGGUUCCACCACGGACGACAAUUGCUACUACGAUAUUAGGUAGCAGCCCGUUUGUCACAUGGACUUGCUGCGGGGUAUGCAGCGUACCCAUACUUGGAUUUUGGGUGGUCUGUAUGACGGGCAUGUAGCAGGCAGGUUAAGGGCCGUUACCGUCACACGUUGUGCAUCAACGGUGUACAUGAGCAGCGUGAGUGUGAGGUCCAGUUGUGCCACCAAGGCGCUGGUGCAUAGGGGUAUGAACGCCUUACAAAGCGGUGCGGGGAAGAGUAUAAGGGAUACCGGUAUACUCCCAGAUACCCGUCAUUUCCGCAAGCACCCCUAAAAACAGUGCCCCCUGAAUCUCGCAUGCAACCAUCUUGGACGCCGUACUUGCUGCCACAUCAUGAAUCACCCUGCUGCCGGAUGUGCAGCUACCAUUGAAC